UUCCAGGGGAGAAGGAAGUGUCCCCCAUGUGCUGCCUGCACUGUCCCCACGGGUGCUGGAACGUGGGCUGGCUCUGCCAUCGCUCAGCUCCGCUGGACUCUGCCCCGUCCCUCCCCUUGGCUCAGUUCCUGGCUGGACGGGGACAAGGACGGACAUGGCUGCUGUAAGCCAGCUCCACCAGGCCACCUACGAUGCCAUCGUCAUCGGGGCUGGCAUCCAGGGCUCCUUCGCUGCCUACCACCUGGCCCAGCGCCACAGGGACACCCUCCUGCUGGAGCAGUUCAUGCUGCCCCACUCUCGGGGCAGCUCCCACGGGCAGAGCCGCAUCAUCCGCAGUGCCUACGCCAACACGGUCUACACCCGCAUGAUGCCACAAAGCUUCCGACUCUGGCAGCAGCUGGAGGCCGAGACAGGCAGCAGCCUCUACAGGCGGACGGGGCUCGUGAUGCUGGGGCCGGCGGGUGACCCGGAACUGGAAGAAUGCCAACGCAACCUGGGUGCCAGCAAAGUCCUGGAUGCCACGGCGCUGGCACAGCACUUCCCAGGCCUGCAGCUCCAUGCUGGCGAGAUGGCCGUCUGGGAUGGAACUGGUGGGGUGCUCUUCGCUGACCGGGCACUGCGGGCAGUGCAGGACGUCUUUCGCCGUCACGGGGGCACCCUGCGAGAUGGGGAGAAGGUGCUGCGCAUCGAGCCUGGUGCUGUGCUCACCGUCACCACCACUGCUGGGGUGUACCGAGCCCCACGGCUCAUCAUUGCAGCCGGAGCCUGGACCGGUGCCCUCGUGGCACCCCUGGGUCUCCGCUUGCCACUGCAGCCCCUGCGCAUCGACGUCUGCUACUGGAGGGAGAAGGAGCUGGGGAGCCCUGGCACGGGCAGAACUGGUCCCUGCUUCAUAACCAUGAGGUUGAACCAAGGCCCCCAUGACAUCUAUGGGCUGCCCGCCCUCGAGUACCCAGGGAUGGUCAAGGUGUGCUACCACCAUGGCAGCCCCAUCGACCCUGAGGAGCGGGAUCAGGUCUCACUGGACACCCCCCGCCCCAACAUCACCAUCCUGAGCAACUUCAUCAAGAGAUACCUGCCUGGGCUGGAGCCGCAGCCAGCCGUGGUGGAGACCUGCCUCUACACGAACACCCCAGACAAAGACUUCAUCCUGGACCGGCACCCCAAGUUCAGCAACAUCGUGAUUGGGGCCGGCUUCUCAGGCCAUGGGUUCAAGAUGGCACCGGUGGUGGGGAAGCUGCUGUGUGAGCUGAGCCUGGGUGAGGAGCCGUCCCACAGCAUCGCCCCCUUUGCCAUCACCCGCUUCCCCGGUGUGCUGCGGGCUGGGCUGUAAGUGCAGGGCCCUGGCUGUGCCCCCCUGGCAGGGCACUGAGCUGGGCCCCUGCAGCAUGGUGUGUUUACCCCACACCACGCUGGCACCCGCUGCAUCCCCUGUGCCAUCAUCCCCAUCUCUCUGCAUCCCGGUGUCUCUAACCCAGCACAUAGCAUCUUGGCACUCCUCUGUCCCAGCAACCUUCCCUCUGUGUACCCCAGCAUCCCCAUAGCCCUGCACCCCUACAUCUCUGCAUCCCCACCCCCCAGCACUCCUGCAUCCCUGCACCCUCCCUUCCCAUCCCUGCAUCCCAGCAUCCUGGAGCCCUAAAUCCCUGCAUCCCAGUACCUCUGUGUCCCCACACCCCUGCACCCUCACACUCCAGCACUCCUGCAUCACUGCACCCCCACUAUCCCUGCAUCUCAGCAUCCUGGAACCCUAACUCCCUGCAUCCCAGCAUCCCCAUACCCCUGACAGCCCAGCGCUCCCAUACCCUGGCACUCCUGCGCCCCCCUAUCCCUGCAUCCCAGCAUCCGGGUACCCCUCCUCCCCACACCCCCAUGCUGCACCCUGCCAAGCCACCUCUGCCGAGCACCCGCUCCCCGGAAACAAAUGAAGGAGCUUUGUCAGCCUCAUGAAGAUGGAGCUGGUACAGCGCAGAGAAGCACUCGCUGAGGAGUCAAGUUAAAUGUUUUAAUGUUAAAUGUGCCAUUUUAUUAUCAUUAGAUCGCUCCCACUUAAUGAAAGCGCAUUAGCGCAGUGUGGCUUCAUGGCAGCCAGCGCACAGCUCGGCCCAUUUGUU